GACCGGGUAUGGUCUUGGGUGAUUUUAACACCAUCAGACUCCACUCUGAAGCCUUUGGGGGUGCUCCGAACGUGGUGGAUAUGGAGGAGUUUGAACGUGGUGGAUAUGGAGGAGUUUGAAUAGUCUCCCACGAUAUGGAGGAGUUUGGUUCCAUGGAUUCAGGGUGGGCCGAUUAUCCAGCAGUUUGGGGAGAGGGUGAUCUAUGAUGCGGGUAGUCGGUGGGAUGCGAGGCUGGUGGAUUUCAUGGGUCGGGAUGGUGAUUGGAGGUGGCCACUUGUUUAUUUGGAUUUGAUGGACAUUUGGGAUAGGGUUCAGGGAGUGAGGCUGAGUCCGAGUGUUGAGGAUAGGUGGGUUUGGGUGCCGGGGAGUCAUGAUAGUUUUUCGAUCACCAGUGCGUGGGAGACUAUUCGUCCUCAUAGUAGUAGAGUUGGCUGGUCGGGUUUACUAUGGGGUGGGGGAAAUAUUCCUAAGCACUCCUUUUGUGCUUGGUUGGCCAUCAGGGAUAGGUUGGGUACUAGAGGUAGGUUAAGUCGGUGGGAUAGGUCGAUUCCUUUAUCGUGUUUGCUUUGUGGAGGGAACUAUGAGUCUCGUGAUCAUUUGUUUUUUUCUUGUCAUUUUGGGUGGGAGAUUUGGUCGAGGAUCCUUUUGCUUAAGUCAUCUUCUCAUAGAACCGGUUAUUGGGGGGUUGAGUUAUCUUGGAUUUAUAAUCAGGGUAUUGGGAAGAGUGUGAGGAGAAAACUGUGGCGCCUUCUCUGGUGUGCUACAAUUUAUUUCAUUUGGCAGGAGCGAAAUCAUCGUCUUCAUGGAGGUUCUAUUCGGGAGCCUCUGGUUGUAUUCCAGCUCAUUCGGUCGUGUAUUAAAGUGCGUGCUGCUUCUUGGUCGGAUGGUGUUCAUGGUCUUAUUUAAUGUUCUUUUCGUUUGCUUGUCCCCGGGCUGUGGGGUUUCUCUUCUCUUUAUUAACUUUGUUGUCUUUCUCUCUUCUUCUUGUCCUUUUAAUGUUUGGAGCACUAGUUGGUUUCUUUUGGUUUUAGUUAUUGUUCCCGAGAUGUGGGGUUGUUUUGGGUACUUAUGGGUUGUUUUGUCUAACUACUUGUUCUGUGAGUGUUGUUCGCUCUUUUGUCUUGACCUCAGGCUGUGGGGUCCACAUUGUUGUUGUAUAAUAUUAUCAUUACCUUUUCAAAAAAAAAAAAAA